AUGAUAGUGAGCGAUUUCAAGACAAAUUUUGAGAUGAGAAAAUUCACUGUUUCAAAAUUUGUUCAUCUAUUCAAAAGUUUUCAACAAUCAUUCCAAUUUCUGCUGGUGGGUCAAAAUUUAAUUUAAAAAUUAUUUAAUUCUUUUUCCCGCCAAUAAUUUCACAUAAAAAUCUCAUUUGCCAGAAAAAAUUGGCUGAUUCAUAAUUUUUAAAAUUUUUUUUUUUCGAACCCAAAAAUUUCAUAAUAAUAUUUUUUAUUUCGAAAAAUUUUGGUUUUUGUAAUGUUUCCAAAAUCUCAAUAAACAAUUCAUCAAAUUUCUGAAACAGUAAAUUUUUUAAAUAAAAAAUUGAAAGACUCAAUUUUUUCAAAAAAUUUCCGAAAAAUACAUGAAAACUUUGAAACAGUAGAUUUUUGAAAAUAGGUUUAUUGCCGCCCAAAUUUAUUUCAGUUUUUUCCGUAUCCACUAUUUUAUCCCUAUAUCAAAAUUCAAAAAUUAUCGAGAAAAAUUCAUGUAAUUUUUGAAACAGUGAAAUUUUUUAAAUCGAAAUAUCUCCUAGAAAUUUCGAAAUCCAAAAAAUGACUCAUCAUGUUUUUUAUUGAUGUUUUUCAGAGUCAAAAAUUUCAUUCUUCGAAAGUUAAUUGAUUUUGAGAUUUUUAAGGGAUUUUCUAGAGGAAAAGUUUUUCAAACUCGAAAAAAUUUACUGUUUCGUGGUCAAAACAAAGAAAAAGGGAAUAGAAAUAAAAAAUCUCGAAUUUAUUAAUGAACGUUUUGAAACAGUAAAUUUUUCUGGGAAGUUUUUUCAAAAACAGGAUCGAAAUUCGAAAAAUCUCUGAAAAAUUCAUGUGAUUUUUGAAACAGUGAAUUUUUUUAUUCAAAUUUUUUUUGCUGGACAGAAAAAAACUAAACUAGUUUUUUCGUGUUGCAAAAAAUAAAUUUGAAUAUUUUUAAUUUUCCCUUUUUUAACUUUUCCAUAAUUUUCUGAAAAAAACGUGACCCAUGACGUGGAAAAAUUUCGAAAAAAAAUUUAAAAUUUAAUUUUUCUCAUUUCAAAUUUUCAUAAAAUCUGGAAAUGCCCAAUUUUUGUGAGUUUUUUUGGCCUAAAAAUUUGAUGGUCCCUAUAUUUUUUCCAGAAAUUUCCUGAUGUUCUUUUUCAAAAAUAGAUUUUUUUCCGCCGGAAAAUUAGCCUCGUUUUUGGCUAAUUUUUCCAAGGGGAAAAUUCUUACUGUACCUUUUUUCCAGCUUAAAAUUCAUCAAAAAUUUGAAUUUUCAGACAAAAAUAGCCUAAAACCAUUUUUCUAGCUUAAAAUUCAUCAAUUCCGGGUCAAAAAAUCAUGAAAAUUUUGAAUUUUCACCUCUGAAUGCACAAUUUUCAGCAAAAUUUUGAAAAUUUCAGAUAGACGGUCGUGCUCGAAUUCUCCGCCCACAGCCUCAAAUCUCCUCUUCCACCCCAACUAUGGUCGCCACCACCACCAAAAAUCCCACCACAAACAACAACAACAACAAUAUAGUUAGACAAGUCGUCAAAAUUGUGGUUCCACCAUCGAAUUUGGCGCCAAAACAACAGGUUCAAAUACAGAGAGCGAUUCCGACUGUUAGUGAAACGAUGUUUGCGGAAAGAUGUGAGGUUUUUUGGGCUGAAAAUUUGAAAUUUUCAGGGAAUUUUGAGCUGGAAAAGUUUGAAAAAAUAUUUUUUUUGAAGGAAAAAAAUUCACUGUUUCAAAAAAUGUUGAUAAUUUUUUGAAAUUUUUUGAUUUUGAUCUGUGCAUGUUCGUUUUCGGUCUAAAAUCCCCGAAUUUUCAAGCCUCAAAAGCCUAUAGCUCCUAAUUUCAGGCUUCUGAAGUCUAGGGCUCACAGAAGUCAGAUUCAAUUUUUUUCCAAUUUUUGGCUUCCUGAAAUUGAGGAUUCUUAAAUAAAUCUAGAAAAAAUCAUUUUUUUGAACAAAAAAAAUUCACUGUUUCAAAAAUUUUUGAUAAAUUUUUGAAAAUUUGCGAUUUUGAUUUGAAAUAAACUUUUGUUUUGGCCUAAAAUUCCUGAAUUUUCAGGCCUCAAAAGCCUAUAAGUCCUAACUUCAGCCUUCUAAAAUUAGCUAGAGCUCACAGAAUUCAGAUUCAAUUUUUUUCCAUUUUAGGAUUCCUGAAAUUGAGGAUUUAAAAAAAAAUCUAGAAAGAAUCAAUUUUCACCAAGAAAAAAUUCACUGUUUCAUAACAAAAUGAUAUUUUUCAGAAUUUCAUAAUUUUUGAUUAUAUACAUAUAUAAUAACAUUGAAGAUUUUUGAAUGAAAAAAUAGUCAGAAGGUCCGAAUUUCAGACUUCUUAAAAUUAGGCUUGAAAUCAAUCUUUUUUCCGCUUUUUUAAAUUUUGAGCUGAAAUUUGGGAUUCUGAAAUUUAGGUUUGUGAAGAACCCCAAAAAAAAAUCUAAUUUUUUCGGAAAAAAAUUCACUGUUUCAGAAAUUAUUGAUCGUUUUUUCUUCUGAAGUCUAGGGCUCACAGAAGUCAGAUUCAAUUUUUUUCAAUUUUAGACUUCCUGAAAUUGAGGAUUCUAAAAAAAAUCUAGAAAGAAUCAAUUUUUACCAGAAAAAAUCACUGUUUCAGAAAUUGUUGAAAAUUUUUGAAAAUUUAUGAGUUUUGAUACACUACACUCAAAUUCUGGAUGAAAAAUUUCGUUUUUGGCCUAAAAUUUUUUGGGUAUUGUCAAAAAACCCAAGAAAAAUCUGUUUUGUUUUAAUUAAAAAAUUCACUGUUUCAGAAAAAAUUGAUCAUUUUUUGAAAUUUUUUGAUUUUGAUCUGUGCAUGUUCGUUUUCGGCCAAAAAUCCCCGAAUUUUCAGGCCUAAAAAUCCUAUAGGUCCUAAUUUCAGGCUUCUGAAAUCUAGGGCUUACAGAAUUCAGGCCUGAAUUUUAGGCUCAUCACAAACAGGCCUAAAAUUGAGGAUCUUCGAAAAUCCGGCAAAAAAUCAGAUUAUUUCAAAAAAAAAAAAAUUCACUGUUUCAAAAAAUAUUUGUAAUUUUCGAAGAUUUAUAUUUAAUUGGUGUUCCAGUUUAAAACAAAGGGAAAAAAUAAAAGGUUCACAUAUAAACCUGAAAUUAAAGCUCAUUAAAAAUCCAAGAAAAAUCUGUUUUUUCCCAGAAAAAAAAAUUCACUGUUUCAGAAAAAAUUGAUCAUUUUUUGAAAUUUUUUGAUUUUGAUCUGUGCAUGUUCGUUCUGGCCACAAAAUCCCGGAAUUUUCAGGCCUCAAAAGCCUAUAAGUCCUAAUUUCAGGCUUCUGAAAUUAGCUAGGGCUCACAGAAUUCAGAUUCAUUUUUUUGAAUCAAUUUUAGGCUUCCUGAAAUUGAGGAUUCUAAAAAAUCUAGAAAUGAUCAAUUUUUACCAAAAAAAAUUCACUGUUUCAAAAAAAAUUGAUAUUUUUUUGAAAUUUAUGAUUUUCGAUGUACCACACUCAAACUUGGGAUGAAAAAUGUUGUUUUUGGUCCAAAAUCCCUGAAUUUUCAGGACUCAAACGCAUAAAAGUAGGUCCCAAUUUAAGGCUUCUGGAGUCUAGGGCUUACAGAAUUCAGAUUCAAUUUUAUUUCAAUUUUAGGCUUUCUGAUUCCUUAAAAAUCUAGAAAAUUCAAUUUUCACCAAAAAAAAAUUCACUGUUUCAAAAAAUAUUUGUAGUUUUCAGAAUUUUAUGAUUUUCGAUCAUUUCUGUUCACCCUUUGAUAAAAAUGAAGAUUUUUAAUGAAAAAUUAGUCAGAAGGUCCGAAUUUCAGUCUUCUCAAAAUUAGGCUUGAAAUGAAGUUUUUUUCCGCUUUUUAAAUGUUGAGCUGAAAUUUGGGAUUCUGAAGUUUUGGUAUUGUCAAAAAUCCAAGAAAAAUCUGUUUUUUUUUUCAAAAUAAAUUGAUAAAUUUUUGAAAUUUUUUGAUUUUGAUCAUCAUGUUAUUGUGAAAAAAAUCUAGAAAGAAUCAAUUUUCACCAAGAAAAAAUUCACUGUUUCAGAAAUUAUGGAUAAUUUUUGAAGUUUUAUAAUUAAUUGAUUUUCCCAUUACAAUCGACAGGAAAAUAAAAGGUUCACAAAUAAACCUGAAAUUAAAGUUAAUUGAAAACCCAAGAAAAAAUCUAAUUUUCUCGGAAAAAAAAUUCACUGUUUCAAAAUAAAUUGAUGAAUUUUGGAAAAUUUGCGAUUUUGAUUUGAAAUAAACUUUUGUUUUGGCCUAAAAUUCCUGAAUUUUCAGGCCUCAAAAGCCUAUAGGUCCUAAUUUCAGGCUUCUGGAAUUAGCUAGGGCUCACAGAAUUCAGGCCUAAAUUUUAGGCUCAUCCCAAACAUGCCUAAAAUUGAGGAUUUUAAAAAAAAUCUAGAAAGAAUCAAUUUUCACCAAGAAAAAAUUCACUAUUUCAUAGCAAAUUGAUAUUUUUCAGAAUUGCAUAAUUUUUGAUUAUAUACAUAUAUAAUAACAUUGAAGAUUUUGAAUGAAAAAAUAGUCAGAAGGUCCGAAUUUCAGACUUCUUAAAAUUAGGCUUGAAAUCAAGUUUUUUCCGCUUUUUAAAUUUUGACCUGAAAUUUUGGUUUGUAAAAAAACCCAAGAAAAAUCUAAUUGUUUCGGGUAAAAAUUCACUGUUUCAAAAUAAAUCGAUGAAUUUUUGAAAUUUUGUGAUUUUGAUUUAUUGGAAAUUUUGUUUUCGGCCUAAUAUCCUCCGAGUUUUCAUGCUUCAAAAGCUUUAAAAAAACCAGAAUUCAGAUUCAAUUUUUUUUCAAUUUUAGGCUUCCUGAAAUUGAGGAUUCUAAAAAAAAGUCUAGAAAAAAUCAAUUUUCACUAAGAAAAAAUUCACUGUUUCAGAAAUUAUUGGAAAUUUUUGAAGAUUUAUAAUUAAUUGGUGUUCCGGUUACAAAUAUUGGUUCUCAAAUAAAGCUGAAAUUAAAGCUCAUCGAAAACCCAGGAAAAAUCUGUUUUUUUUUUCAAAAAAAAAAAUUCACUGUUUCAAAAUAAAUUGAUAAUUUUUUGAAAUUUUGGGAUUGUUGAUCAUUUCUGUUCACCCUUUAUUAAAAUCGAAGAUUCUGACAUAAGAAAAAUUUCACUGUUUCAAAAAAUAUUUGAUAAUUUUUGAAAUUUUGUGAUUUUCGAUUGGAGAAUUGUUGCAAGUACUGCUAAAAAGCCCAAUAAAAUCAAUUUUUUUCAGGCCAAACGUUGCUCCGCCGUUUACGCGACAAAAUGAAAGAUUUGACAUCGAACGUGGAUCGAGCUGUGAGCACCAAAAAACGCGAGCAAAAAGAGAGGGUUUUGGCGAGUUGUGAUGAGAUGAAAAAAGCGUAUUCGUGAGUGGAUAAGGCUUUAGGCUUUCGGGCUUAUGAGGCCCACUUCCAAGCCCAAAUCUAGGCUCAAAUUCCCAUUUCUAGACCAUUUUUUUGCAGAGAAAUCGAAAAAUGGGGAAAAAUGAAGAUUAGAAGACCAGUUCAAUAUCCACAAAUGGUUGAAUCUUUCGAGAAAUUGGAAAAAUUUGGAGAGGUAAGGGUUUUGAGGGAUUUGGGAUGAAAAUUGAGAAAAUCUGGAAUUUUUGUGCUUAAAAUCUCAAAAUUAUCAGAAUUUCAUGAAUUUUUCAACAUUUUCAUGAAAAAAUAUGGAAAUUUCUCUGUAAUCCUAGUUUUAGGCCGAAAAAAAGCUGAAAAUAUAAUUUUUGAGCUCAAAAUGUAGCUACCGUACCCCAUAAACAUUGGGCCAAAAAGUUCCGAAAAAUUUUGUAGAUCAAAAAAUUUUCUGAAAAUAUUCGAAUUUGGACUCAAAAUUAUCAGAUUUUCCUGAAAUUUUCGAAAUUUUCAGUCAAAAAUCUGGAUUUCAGGCUGAAAAAUUCAAAUUCGCAUUCAAAAUUAUCAGAUUAUGAUGGAAAAAUCGGCAAAUAUUCAAAUUUGGGCUCAAAAUUAUCAGAUUUUCAUGAAUUUCUCGAAAUUUUCAGUUAAAAUCCUCCAAAUUUUCCAGAAUUCCCCGGAUUCCACCAACCAAUUUCUUCAAUUUUCCGACUCUGUAAAUUCCGAAUUCCAAAUCGAAAAGCAAAUUUCGCAAAUCUUCGAAAAUUUUCGUCAAAUCUACAAUGCAAAACCGCGAAAAUAUUCAAAAUUGUCGCCGCCAAAACCCUUUGAAAAACCGCAAAAAUGCUCAAAUUCUCAAAAAAUGCUCAAAUUAUCGAUUGAAAUGAUGGAAAAGAAGCUAGGCAAUUCUACAGUACCCUGGAAAUAUGAGAAAAUCGAUGAAAUCAAUGGAUUUUCGCCCAAAAAUUGCACGGUUUAUCAGAUUUUGUACACCGAGAAAAAACAAUUCAAGGAAUUUGUUGGAUUUAUGAAAGCGGUUAUGGUUAUUCAAUUUGGAGAGAUGAUUGAUUUGGUGAUUGGAGGAGUUGAGGAGGAAUUGUAUGAUGAGGUUAGCGGGGUUUUGGGGAGCAAAAUGAGCCCAAAUUUGAGAUUUUUGGUGGAAAAUGAGCCUGGGAAAGUGUUUUUGAGCAAAAAUUGGUCUAGAAAUGGUCCAGACGGCCUUUUUUAG